AAACGCAUUUUUUGUGGCCCAAGUCGAUACGUAAUCCAUGGGCUUCUCGGCAGUCGAGUAUGUGGCCGCGGGCGUCUUCAUCGCCGCCGUCUUCCUCGUCAUCUCGGUCAUCAAGGUGCUGCGCCCGAAGAAGGUGCUCGAGGGCGACGACAUCCUCGACGAGAUGAUCAACGGCUUUGACUUUACGCUGCCGCCGCAGGUCGAGGAGUACCGCACGAUCCGCGAGAAGGCGCCAUCGACGCUGGGCGAAGAGGACAUGAAGAUUGUGUGCUCGGCGCUCUUCCGCCGGGCGGUGGCCGACAUCCCGCUCAUCCGCAAGAUUCAGACCGAGGCGCAGGGCAUGCAGCGCUUGAAGCAGAACGACCUGAUCAAGGACGGUCCGUUCAUGAGCUUCAAGCUCGCGGAAGAGAUGAUCGCCGAAGAGAUCAAGGAGGUGCGCGAAGAGGCCCAGGCGCUCCAGCCCAGCGACAACUGGGGCGAGAGCAUUUUUGCCCAAGCCGUCCAGUUUAUCAACCACAUGGCCGAGCAGGAGCAGCUCGCGGAACAGAAGAAGCAGCAGACCGACAUGGCCGCGCAGGCGCAGGCCCUCAAGCAAGCGCAGCUGGCAGCGCAGUUGCAGGCCAACUUGGCCAGCCAGCAAGAGCAAGAGUUGCGAAAGAGAAAGUGAUUUUAUAAUACCAUUGCGUGGCGUCCUA